UGCCGUACGACUGCAAGCACUUAGUUUUUGUUUCCAAGGCGGAGGACAGGACCGCGCUGUCAGCACGCCAGCUGAAGCCUCAGAAGCUUUGGAGAACACACCUCCCAUCUCUGCUCACAGAUCCCAAGGACGUACCCCCCCUCUCUGCACCAUGGAGACCCCCCUGUUGACUCUGCUGCUGCUUCUCUGCCUCACUGUGCCGGGACACUGCGACUGCCAGAGGGACUGCCUCUCCUGCAGGGUGCCCCUCCCUGAAAAGCAGGUCUUCAGCACCCUGGCUUGUCUGGUCGAGUGCAAGGAGAGGGCCUCCCUGGGACUUACCUGGGACUUGUGUCAUAGGUACGGGGAGCUCUUGCAGCCCCACUCCUUGCCUGUAGAGGUCACUGUGCUAAAGAAGGGGAUGGACGAGGCACCCACUCUAACACCCAUGGACCUGGAGAGCGGAGGCCAGGAGUUCUCCGAAGCCCUGGAGCGGUUCCACCACGCAGCACGGGCCCUGGGCCUUGAUGGAACGUCCUGGGAGGCUGCUCAGAUCUUGGACCCCCGUCUUCCUCGGCAGCUCAGGACCGAGGAGGAAGAGGGAGAGGGUGGAGCGGCAGAUGAGGAUGAUGGGGACCGUGAGGAUGAUGGGAAGUUGCAAGAGGCGGCCAUCAGCCUGUCCAAGCGAUUUGGCGGCUUCCUGAAGGGGAAGUACGGAUACAGGAAGUUGAUGGGCCCCGGCAGGAGCCUGCAGAAGCGAUACGGCGGCUUCAUAGGCAUCCGCAAGUCGGCCCGCAAGUGGCACAACCAGAAACGCUUCAGCGAGCUCCUCAAGCAGUACCUGGGCAUGAGGACCCGGCCAGAGUGAGACUCCUGUCCCAUAAUACCUCUCCUCACACCCCCCACCUGCCUCAGUGGUCACAGCCGUAGCAGCCCUAACUACACCCACAGUAUGUGAGGAUUAAGCUAACAAUGUGGAGAAAAAAAAGCAUACAUGUGUUGUAAUUGUUUUUUUUUUUUUUUUAAAUGUACUUUUUCCCACUGUGUGAUCACUGGCAAUAUACAAAUAAACGCAGAUCAAUUAAAAUAUGGUAUGAGAAAAGAACCCUUGGUAAAAUGGCAUCUAAAUCAUAGAGAACUGGGAAAACCAUUGCUUUAUACGUUUACAGUUGAGGAGUCUGUAAUAAACUGCUGUAACUAAAUUGACUGAAUUUAUAAAUUGAAUGUAUGUUUAACAAUUGUAGAUUUGUUUGAAAAAUCAUGCACGUACAAAUGCCUCGCAUGAUUUAGCUCCAUUUUUAUACUGAGGUCAGAAUACAUGUAACUUUAUUUUACUAUUAACGAGGUAAAAGAACAAUCUUAGCAAAUAAGAAACCUUUUCUGUUGACAAUGCUGCCCUCUAGUGUUCAUGCUGAAGACAUCUUCAGCUAACAACUGUGGGAGCUCGUUAAUGCAUCAAUUCUAGAUGCACUCGUUUCAAUGUGGCAGUUACAAGCUGAGCAAAUGAUAAAAUGGUUGGAUUAUGUAUGUUAAAAAUUAUAGU